AUGCCUUACUCCUCAAUGUUCACCCACAGCGUCCCGGUCAACGAAUCGGCGGUCGAGGGGUUCGACCGUCUCGUCCAAUACCACAUUGUCAACUCGUCACUUGGAGCCGUUUGUAUGACUAUCAAUUUUGCACUGCUUGGCGUAUUUCUUGGAUAUCCGCCAUUUAGACGGAAAUAUCAGUUAUUGAUACUCCUUGCCGUGGGUGACACGAUAAACGGGCUUGCCAUCAUCCUCACCGGCCUGAAUCGUGUAUAUUUGUACGCGACAGCCCUCGAAACGUAUACACUGCCCGUGCGAACACCUUGGGAAUGUGCGGUUGAGACGUGGUUGAUCAUGAAGCUGAUAGGGGACCUCCUCCUCCCGAUCACCACCCUGUGCAUGGGUGUCGAACGGCUGCUGGCUAUUUUGUGCCCCAUUUUCUACCAUCAACACCUGGACGGCCGGCCUCUCAAAAUUAUCGUAUCCUGCGGAACAUGUCUGACUUUUGUGACGAUAUCGAUGGGAGCUGCUUUUCUCAUUGCUGCCUAUAAGGAGCACGAGCACGACUCCGCGAUGUACUACUGCGGGCGUAAAGCCGCAUUCGGCGACGAGUUCGGCGCGUUCAUCUACACGCACAACAUCGUGUGCAACGUGCUGGCGGCCAUUUUCAGUUUGGCUGCUUAUGUGAAAGCGAGGCGGAUGGUGAAGACACAAACCCGAAUGCAACGCCAGCUUGGCCUCAUCAAAAAUUACUUCAUCAUCUCGAUCGUCUCGACAGCGUUGGUCUCACUCCCGAAUGCCAUCCAUCUGUUCCAAGUCUACGUCAAGGAGUUGUCAAACUCGAUCUCGAAGCCGGCCUACUGGGCCCAAACGGUCAAUUCUGGGAUUCAUUUCUUCGUGUAUUUGGCGCUGAAUUCCGAAUUUCGUACCCGCGUCCGCGAAAUCUUCUACCCACCCAAUAAAACACCUGAAACGGGCGAGAAGCAUCGAUUGAUCAAAGCCUCUCCUACCGGCGCUGAACAUCGCAAUGGCAGUCUGCCAAAGGAUGGUGGCCCUAGCGAGCUG